UCUAAAUGACGCAGAGACGGGGGCGGGAGGACGUCUGGCGCUGUCACCGGCACCAACUCGGUCCAUUGUCAUCAGAACCGAGCUUCAACAGCGCAGGAGUGAGGCAGAGUUUUAGUGCCGUGUUACCUUUAGGACCCGGCGGAGCGCGCGCGCGUGGAGCGCCGAGUGGCUCCAUUCCAUCCAGACUCGCGUCUCUCUCUCCUCAUUUGGACUCAGCUGGCUGAAGAGUUCCCGCGCUAACAGCAGCUGUCCCGCGGGACCACAUCGACGCGCUGAUGGAUCCCAGUGAUCCACUGAGGAUCUGCGCGCCAUUCCGAUGAGGGGAGCGCGCGGACGCGCUGCGUAAACCCGCCAAUUAACGCGUCCGAAAUUCAGAAAAGAGGGAUUUCUGGGCAACAUCAAAAGUUCUGGAGAAGUUCUGUCAAACAGGAGGACUGCACCGACUGGACGCGCAGAUUCGGGUUCUGCGCGCGUGACACUUACCGGAGUACCGGAGUCGUGCCGCGGCUCCGCUGGCUGUGAGGAACUUGUUGAUCCAGCUUCUCUGCCUCGUUCGCCGACGCUGACUGACGCUGAUGGACCUCAGAUUCCUGAAUCUGAUGGAAACGUCUUCCUGAAGCUACUCGAGCUGAAGAUGCUUCCAGUUUGUCUGGAUUCCACAUUGACUCCUCAAACCUCCAGUUAGUUUAGAACUUCAGCCCCCCUCCCGUGCCCCCUCCCACCGCUGAAGACCCCCCCCAGUCGAGGCACCAUGCUCUGGUGGAGCCUGUUGGCCCUGCAGGCGCUGUGCUGCAGAGCGAGCCGGGGGCUGCAGCACUACCAGACGGCGUGGGGGCACUACGAUGUGUGCAAGUCCCAGAUCUACACGGAGGACGGGCUGGCCUGGGACUACAUGGCCUGUCAGCCAGAAGCUACAGACAUGACAAAGUACCUGCGUGUGACCCUCGACCCCCCCAACAUCACCUGUGGAGAUCCACCAGAAAUGUACUGCGCUCUGGAGAACCCUUACAUGUGCAACAACGAGUGUGACGCCUCCACAGAGGAGCUGGCUCACCCCCCCGAGCUGAUGUUCGACUUCGAAGGCCGAAACCCCACCACCUUCUGGCAGUCGUCCUCGUGGAGGAAAUACCCGAAGCCUCUGCAGGUCAACAUCACGCUGUCGUGGAACAAGAGCAUCGAGCUGACCGACGACAUCGUUCUGACCUUCGAGUCGGGCCGGCCGGAGCAGAUGGUCCUGGAGAAGUCUCUGGACUUCGGCCGGACCUGGACCCCAUACCAGUUUUAUGCCACAGACUGCCUGGACGCUUUCACCAUGGAGCCCAAGACCGCCAGCGAGCUGACGCAGCUGACGCUGCUGGACAUCAUCUGCACUGAGGAGUACUCCCGCGGCUACGUGUGGAAGAACGACAAGACGGUGCGCUUCGAAAUCAAGGAGCGCUUCGCUCUGUUCGCCGGGCCGCGGCUGCAUAACAUGGCCUCGCUGUACGGCCAGCUGGAUACCACCAAAAAGCUGCGAGACUUCUUCACAAUCACCGAUCUGAGGAUUAAGCUGCUGAAACCGGCCACUGGAGCCACCAUGGUGGACGAGAACAACCUGUCCAGAUACUUCUACGCCAUCUCCGACGUCAAAGUCCAGGGCAGGUGCAAGUGCAACCUGCAUGCCAACAGCUGCGUGUUCGACAAAGGCAGGCUGGGAUGUGAGUGCGAGCACAACACCACGGGGCCGGACUGCAGCCGCUGCAAGAAGCAUUACCACGGAAGAGCCUGGAGCGUGGGCUCCUACCUCCCCAUCCCCAAAGGGACCGCCAACAUCUGCAUCCCCAGCAUGAACGGACCAGUGCAUCGAGCAAACGCUUCGUCUCUCGGUGUUGUAAAUCGUAACAAAGGUAGGCCUGCAGGCUUCCUCCGCACUUUCACAAAAACACAGCAGAUCACAGCAUCCUAACCUCUGAUGUCUCCUUGGUUUAAAUACCCACAAUGCACCCUUUCUGCCCUCUGGAUGAGGUUACUUAAAGGGAAUUCACACAAAAUGUACGGACGCUGAUGUGCAGCAAUCUCCAGAGUAUCCUGAAGUCUGGAUCUGCUGUGUGGAGAGCCUGAAGCUGCAGCUGAUCGGCUUGAGCAGCAGCAAGGACAGAAAAGAAAACAGGUUCGCUCAUCAUCUGCACCCCCCCAAAAAUAAAUAAAUAAACAGGGGUUAUUGUACAAAAACAUGACAUCAAAAUCAACAACAGCUGGUUACUGAGCUAAACAGACCAAGUUCAACUGGUUAACCCAUUAGCUGGUUACUAAACUGGACAUUCCUGCCCACAGAUUAAGAUUAGGAUUAUAAAGAUUAAAGAGAGUUUAUUGCCAUUUGUACAUGUUAAGGAACAAGUACAUGGGAGUUUUUCUUGGCUGCUCUCAAGUCGGGAUCGUUACAAGAGGUACAAAAGACAACAACAACAACAACAACAACACACAAUAACCAUAUAUAAAGAAGAUAUAAGGAGACAUGAGAAUAAGUGAGUCAAAAAAGUAUUCAGUCACCCACCAACCUUAUGGGUUCUCCCACUCAAAAAGAUGAGUC